AUGCGAUUGUGGUCGAUAGGACUCGGCCGGCUUCGGGCGGCGAUGGGCAAGGAAGACCACUCAUGCUUUGCUACGGUGUUCGACGCCGACGUAGCUGUUAUCCCCCUGCAUUCGAGGUUUUUCCGGGCGGCGGUGCUGGCCGAGCUCGGCCGCGAUGGCCGGCAGUGGGAGUGGCCGAAGCCUUCUGCUGAAGAGGUGGCGGACAGGCUCGCCGACUGCGAUGAACCCGUUCGAGAUAAAGUGCGCGACACCGUCCGGGACAGCGACGCGGGCUCUGGCCUCCUAUCAAUGAGCGCGCUGUGCUGGGUGGUGAAGAGGAUGGAUCGCCUGACCGGCGACGACCGUCGCAGUGCGACCAGCAUGGACAAGGUCCUCGUUUCGGGGUUGAAGGAGCUGCGGAUUCGGAUGAUCACAUUCAUCAAGGAACACGUCGCACGCAAACGGUCAGGCCAUGUCGGAGUUGCUGCCGACGCCUGUGACGACGACGCCGCGGAGCCCCCUUCGGCAUCCCAAGCAGUCGGUGUCGCCGACACCAGCGGAGAGGCCGGAGACGGCGUCGACAAGGUAGAUGAGGAGGCAGAAAGGGCUGUGGCGAGGACCGCGGAUCAGGAAAAGGAGGAGGAGGAGGAUGACACCGACGAUCAGGAUGAUAACGAGGAGGAUCGUGAGGAGCGUGAGCAGGGGCAUGGGCAGGAGGAGGAGGAGGAGGAGGAGGAGGAGGAGGAGGAGGAGGAGGAGGAGGAGGAGGAGGAGGAGGAGGAGGAGGAGGAGGAGGAGGAGGAGGAGGCGGCGGCGGCGGAGGCCGUGGAGCAGGGUUUCGGGUCGGUGGAGCAGGUGGCGGAGGGGGAGAAGCAGCAAGAGGGGGAGGAGGAGGUAGAGUUCCCCUGGGUCGAAUUCGAGAUGGAGGAUGUUGAGGGAGCGGCGGCGGUGGCCGUGGAGGGAGCGGCGGCGGCCGUGGAGGGAACGGGUGGGAUGUCGGCGGAUGUUGUGUACGUGCGAGGGGAGGGUGCCGAUGUGGAGAAUGUCGGCGUGGAGGAGGCGCACGUGGUCGGCAAUGUGGUUGGCGACGCGAAGGAGGAGGAUAACGCCGCGGCCCCGACGCCGACGGGCGUGGAGACCACCACAGGGAACGCAGGGGUGGAACGCCGGGGUGGAGCGGUAGAGGCGGGCCGUCAACCGGGUUCCUCAGCAGCCAACGCCGGCCGUCGUCGGCAGGCAACGCCGGCUGUCGUCGCGCAGCUGCGACAGGAGAACAGGUGGCUGAGGGCUGAAAAUGCUCGUCUCGAGACGGCGCUCGGAGUGGAGAGGGGUCGGGUGGACAGGUUUGCGAUGGGGAUUGGCCGCCUCGUGGACAAGCUCAGGUCGUUGGCCGACCAGGUCGCCGCCUCCGACCAGGACGCGGCGAGUCGGCUGAUGGACGCGUCCUUGACCAUGGCGACGACCGUCACGAAGAACAUCACCGCCAACAUGGGUGAAGCAUGGGAUGCGAUGAAGGCGUACGCCGAGAGGGCGGAGUGCUGGUUGGACAAUCUAGAGAAUCCGGAGGGGUUUAUGGCGGUGCAACGUGCGAACGCGGUCGUCGCCAUGGGCAACCACGUGGACGAAGCGAGGAAGGGAUUGGAGGAAUACAUAUCGAAGCACCUAGUCGCCGCGCAGACCAACAUCGCCGCCGCGGUAACUCAACGCGUCGCCGUGCCGCCGCCCACGCCGCCCGCCCCACCGCCAGCCUUCCCGGACGAGCUCAUGAAGUCUUUCAAGGCGGACGUGUUGAAGGCGGUGACUGAGGCCACCCAGCAGUCGUUUGUUGCGUCCGGGUUAAACCUCAUGACCGAGGUGAUCGGCAAUCUUGCGCCUGGUCGGCUUGGGUCGUCGCCGUCGGCCAACGAGGCCGACAAGAAGGGUGCGAAAAGGGCGGGCGGCGGAGAUGAUGCGUUGAGCUCGAAGCGGAGCAAGGGAGCCGAUGGGAACCGCGGCGUCGGCCAGGUGGGUCCAGGCGGCUCGCGGAGCAAGGGAGCCGAUGGGAGCGGAGGUACGAGCGUGGUCGACCAGCUCAAGAAGAACGGGGCCAAGGUGAUAAGGACGCACAGCAAGGGCGAUGGAAUCAGGAGUGCGGAGGGGGGCCCUGCCAACCAGGUUGUCGCUCAAGAGGCUGGACCAACAGCCCCGCCAUUGGUCGCCGAGAAGCCGGCCAGUCUAGCGACCGCACCAACGGCGAUAGAUGGCGGCGCCAAAACCGUCAAGGGACCGUCUGGCGGAGUGGCGGGGACCACGUCGAUUCCCCGCAAACCCCCUGCGGCUAGCAGCGCGCCGGUCGCCCCGUCAGCCGCCAACAACGAUGGGCCGUCCCUUGCGGCUACUCCAGCACCAGCAGGCACGUCUGCCGCCAAGGUUGACGCGGUGGAUGCUGCGGCUAACCGCGCUGGUCCGUCCGCCCCAAAGGCGAACGCGCUCAGGGAAAUGCUCCGCCGCAUGGAGACCCAUCGACAGGACGUGCAUCAGCCUCCCGUGGUCGGUACCGCGCCGGCCACAACAGCACGUCGCUCGGUCACUCCGCAGGUCGCCGCCACAACGUCCAGUGCCCCACCUACCGCGCCUAUCAUCGCCGCCCGUCCUCCUGUGGACCCAAAGUCCGCGUUGCUUCGCGCCCGGUUAGGCGCACGUACUGCGGCAGCGCCAGCACGGGCUCAGCCGGUAUCCAGCUCAAGCCCGACGCCGACGUCGGUAACCGUAGCUGCACCCACACUCGGUGCGGCUACUGUCGAGGCGGUGGCGGAGAAGGGCGUGAGUGCAGCGCUAGCCACGGGCGGCGGAUCAGUUGACCCUGCACAGGCGGCGAAGGACCACAACGACGCCGAUAUCGCUGCCAUCCAGUACCUAUUGGAAGCGGUAAACCGCCCCAAGCAGCCCCCUGUUCUGGCCAUCUCGGACUCGGCGCAUGUAGAGCACUCGGCGAGUCCCACCGCAUGUACAGCGGAGCCAAAGACGACCACUGCUGCGGUCGGCGCGGGAAAGUCGAAACAGAAGGGGACGGUCGACGCAGGGAAAGCGAGGCCGAGCUCGCAGAAGAAAACACGGGCGACGUCGGCGAUGGUGAAGUCGGUGGAGAAAGGACAGGGGAUGGCGACGGCGAUGGUGAAGGAGAAGGCGGCGGAGAAAGGGAAGGAGAAGGAGAAGGAGAAGGAGGAGAAGGAGAAGGAGAAGGAGGAGGAGGAGGAGGAGGAGGAGGAGAAGAAGGAGAAGGAGAAGGAGGAGGACAAGAAGGAGAAUGAGAAGGAGGAGGAGGACAAGGAGAAGGAGAAGGAGGAGGAGAAGGAGGAGGAGCGGGUGGAGGAGGCGGAGGUGGAGGUGGAGGAGGCGGCGACGGAGGAGGAGAAGGUUAAGGUGAAAGAACGGAAGGGUCAUGGCAUCCGCCACGACACCACGGGCGACAAGCAAGGGUGGGUGGGCGAGAUUAAGGUGGUCGGGAACGAGAGUAGAUACAUCGGCAAGUCCCGCGAGAAGAUGGAGCUGGCUUACCUUCACUCGAUUGUGUACCUCCUCUACGACGGUUACGUCAGCAAGAUCCUCAUGGCCGAGCUCACCGGCUUGGAGGAAACAGUGAUGAAGCAGUGGAGGGCGGUGUGGGAGGAGGUCCGGUUCUUGCCGACUGGGAUGUGGACGGUGAUAUGGGCACGGGGCGCGUUCCUCCCAAAGACACGGUUCGAUGAUAUCCUCGGGAAGUAUCGAGCGUACAAGACAUCAGGCGAUGCGCACCACGACGCGCUUUUGCCCGCGAUCUGGUUCCCCGUCGAUGCCGACACGAAGGAAGGGAAGCAGAAGUCGGAUGCAAUGAUGUCGGCCAUGAUUGAUCGCGUGUCCUUGUGCGCUGCGUAUGGGAAGGUCGCUGCAUCCGCGGCGAGAAAGGAGGGCGACACGGAUCAGACGACGGCGAAGGUCGCACAGGCGCUAUCGGCCUCCGCUUGCGCCCUGUGGUGCUUAGUCGAGGGCGACGGCGCCCAGGUGGCUGAUGCCGUGCGCGAAGGGAAGGCGGCGGCGAUGGUGGUCGGCGCGAGCGAGACUACCGCCGCCGAGUUCAAGAAGGUCAUGACGGCGGUGCUGGAGGCCGCGAUCAGCAGGCAGCAACCCCUCGGGGAGGUUGCGCACAACGUCGCACCGGCGCUGGAGUCCACCGCUCUGGCUAAAGCCUAUCCGGGGUUGGAUGUUGAAGCCGAGGCCAAAGUGAUCGCACGAGCGACGGUGGAAACCCUCGCGUUCUGGGGAAUGUGCCCCGUGGAUGGGCCGAAACUCAAGAAGAUCGGCAUCGCGGUGCCGCUUGACGCGCAGAUGGAGUACGAUAUCGAACACAGGGGGAGGAAGAGGCAGAGGGGCAAGCAGGGCAAGGACAGCUCGGGGAAGAAGGGGAAGAAGGGCAGAGCGGGCAAGGACAGCACGGCGGCGUAG